GAUUUGGGGAUGAUUUGGGGACCCUCUCCCCCAGCCCGGGAGCUUGGGAGACGCCGUCCCAGCAUGCUCCUGCUGCCGCUACUGCUCAGCUCCUCCCUGCUCUGCUCUGCAGCCGAUGGCUUCGUGCUGCACGUGGAGUCCAGCUGCGUACUAGACGACCAAGAGACCCCGCAGGACUUCAGCUACUGCAUCUCCUUCAACAAAAUGGCGCUGGUGUGUUGGGAUGACCAGUCCGAGCAGCUGGAGGCCUGCCAUUUUGGGGUCCUGAGCGUCUGGGCCCGGCUCAUCGCCGACUACCUCAACAACGACACCGCCCUGAUCCAGCGCCUCCGGGACGGGCCCAGGGCCUGCCUCAGUUUCACCAAGCCCUUCUGGGGGGCCCUCACCAACCGGACACGCCCCCCGUCGGUGGUGGUGACGGAAACGAGGGGGUCGGACGGUCGUGAGGCGGCGGAGCUGAACUGCCGGGCCUGGGGUUUCUACCCGGGCCGCCUGUCCAUGCAAUGGCUGAAGAACGGGCGGCCCGUCCAGGCCGACGGCGCCCACCGCGACCCGCAGCCCGCCGGCGACUGGACCUACGAGGCCCGCCUCCGCCUCCGCCUCCCCCUCAGCACGAGGCCCGGCGACGUCUACACCUGCGCCGUCAGCCACCCCGCGGGACCCCGGGUCCUCCUCGUCCACUGGGAGGCGGGCCUGUCCCCUCAGCAGAGCCUGAAGGUGUCCGUGUCCCUCGUGAUCCUCGGCCUGGGCCUGCUCCUCUUCGCCUUCGCCCUUUUCCGCUGCAGAACCGCUCGGUCCGCAGGUUACAUCCCCAUCUCCGGAUCCAACUAUCCCGAAGGAAGAAACUUUUAGACAGGAGCUGCGGUUCUCCUCUCGGCCCCACCCGAGGACUUCUCUGGACUUCAACCAAAGCUCCCUUCAAACCAGGGGUGUCUACUAAGUGAUCGCUGGGUGCGAAGCACUGCGCUGAGCGUCGGGGAGGGGACAACAGGAGGAAGACACGCGAUCCGUGAACCCCAGAAGCUCGCAGUCGACUGCCGGAGACAGACAAAACUGAUUUUCCAAACAGUGUGUGCGGGGAGGCAUCAUAGGAAAUUAUACUGUGCCUUGUAAUUAAUUGUGUAUUGUAACUAGAUUCUGAAACUAAUUGUACUCUCCCAAGCUCUCAGCGCUUAGAACAGUGCUUGGCCCAUAGUGAGCCCUUAACAAAUAUUAUUUUAUUAUUAUUAUUACAGUGCUCUGCACAGAGUAAGCGCUCCAGUAAUACUGAUUAAUUGCUUGUUCGCUCCCUGUGAACUCAUUACGGUUAGGGAGCGUGUCUACCAACUCUGUUAUAUUGUCCUCUCCCAGGCGCUUAGUACAGUGCUCUGCACACAAUAAGCGCUCAAUAAAUAUGACUGUUUGAGGGCAAGUAUUGUAUAUUCUAACUGUUGUACUCUCUCAAGGGCUUAGGACGGUGCUCUGCCACGAGUAAACACUCAAUAAAUAUGGUCGAUUGAUAGAUUUUUAAUAGCUGAAACGUAUCAAGAUGUGUUGUACUCUCUCAAGGGCUUAGUACGGUGCUCUGCACCGAGUAAGCACCCAA